AUGUCGAAUGACGACAAAGAAAUUCCGAACAGUAUGUAUUGGAUCCAUCCUCUGAAGGAGGAUAAUUGGAUGCCAUGGAAGAGGUGCAUGACCGCAUUUGUGGACGAGAAGAAGCUUCUCGGCUAUGUCACAGGUGAGAUACAGAAACCGGAGCCGAGUGCUAAUCCGAAUAUCAGAGAGACGCGCGAUGCCGAGAUCCAGAAGUGGGGCAAGAAGGAUCAGAGGGUGAGGAAUUUGAUCAUCAAGUGCUUGGACGAUGCACAGGUGAUUCAUACGGAAGGAGUGAUGACGGCACAUCAUAUGUGGGAUCUGCUUCACACGGUAAAGGAGCCAAAAGGACAACAUGGAAUAAUAGCGUUGAGUCGAGUUUUCUAUGAUUACCAUGCUGAUGAAGGUGUAAAUAUUCUGAAGCACGUUGCCAAGCUCCGGGAGAUACAUGAAUAA